CCCAUGAAAUAAACCACUACAGCCUUUUCAAGAAUUGAAACUGUGCUACAUCGCCAUGUCUUAUUACAAAUACAGGAGUCUGCUCUCUAAGAUAGGCCGACAACUCAGUCAGCAUGAUCAUCAACAGUUACUCGAGACGUGUGGAUUAGACGACGAGGCUGAUAACAUACCAGACGCCCGUUCAUUAUUGAAAAGACUAGAAGGAAAAAGUCACUUGGGAAUUGACCGACUUGGAGUUUUGAAGGAAGUCUUGAAUACUUUAGAAGAGUUCUCUCUGUUGGAAAAACUUAUGGAGUUCGAGAAAGAAAGGAAAGGAUGCAAAAACUUCCUUGCAAAGAUAAGUGAUGCACUCGAUAGCGACGAACGCAAUCAUCUGGAACAACUCAAGGAUAUUUGCCGUAGAAGACAGACAUCGUUGGAGCUUGAUGAGAGUAUUUCCAAUAUUCGAACAUUGUUCGAAGAACUGGAGAAACAUGAAAGUUUGGACGUUUGCGCACUUGACUUUCUAAAAGAGAUUUUGACAGAAAUAAAGAGGGAGGACUUGCUGAAAGAGAUCGAGGAGUAUGAGCAGCAACGAAAUAAGAACCAUACAGCAGAAAUAAGAAAAGCGAAAUUUUACUCUUUGGGCAAAGUUGUAACCGAUAAGGUGGCGCAAG